GAUGCCUGGGAAAGCAGGAGGGAGGCUACGAAUAGCCCUGCUUUCCUCCACAUGGCAAGACUAGCUGGGAGCGAAGCAGAAAGAAGGUCUCCCUGUAGCCGGCCAGCAUAGCACUGCCAGGCCCAGCAACUGACCUAUCUGUAACCUCAGCCAGCAGAAAAGCCUCACGAGGGUACAAUCUGCUUCUCCUGCCCCCACCUGCCAGCAACAGAAGGAGACAGCCUUGCUUGCCUGCCACCAUCUGCAGCCUGUUUGCCCUGCAGCCAGCCCAUACCGGAUCUGGGAUUUUGGAUCCUGAGACCUGACCUGCUUGCAUCUGAACCUGCGGGUUCCAAGCUUUAAAGUCUGUCGGCACGGUUCCAGAAAAGUGUGGAUGUUUUAGUUCCUCUCCAGUAAUCCCCAGGAAGAACCUGCAUGCCUGCACCAGUCUUCUGAGUGCUCAGCCAGAAAGGGAACCCUGAUGACCCAAGAUGUGGCUGGCUGUAGUUGUGACAUGUUUGAUCCAUGGAACUGUAUCCACGCAAGGACUUGUUGGCGAUAACACACCUUUUAAUCCUGAAACAUUUAUGAAUAUUAGUGAGAUCAUCACCUACUGGGGAUACCCCAGUGAAGAGUAUGAUGUUGUGACAGUGGAUGGCUAUAUACUUAGUGUUAACAGAAUACCCCAUGGAAAAGUACAUGCUGACAACACAGGUCCAAAGCCUGUUGUGUUUCUGCAGCAUGGUUUACUUACAGAUGGUAGCACCUGGCUCACCAAUGUGGCUAAAAACAGCCUGGGCUUCAUUCUGGCAGAUGCAGGCUAUGAUGUUUGGAUAGGAAACAGCAGAGGGAACACCUGGUCUAGACGACAUGAAACCCUUUCAGUGCACCAAGCGAAAUUCUGGGCUUUCAGCUUUGAUGAAAUGGCUAAAUAUGACCUUCCAGCAGUGAUUGAUUUUAUUGUGCGGAAAACUGGACAACAGCAGUUGUAUUAUGUUGGCCAUUCACAAGGCACCACUAUAGCUUUCAUAGCAUUUUCAACCAUGCCCCAGCUGGCUCAGAGAAUCAAAAUGUACUUUGCCUUAGCUCCUGUAGCCACAGUGAAAUAUGCCAAAUCCCCAUUGACAAAGCUUGCAUUACUUUCCAAUUCAAUGAUCAAGAUUUUAUUUGGGAAUAAAGAUUUCUUACCCCACACUUACUUUGGUGAGGUGGUUGCUGUUGAAUUUUGCAGCCAUGAGAUAUUAUCAAAGAUUUGUGGUAAUAUCCUGUUUGUGCUGUGUGGAUUUAAUGAGAAGAACUUAAAUAUGAGCCGAGUACAUGUGUAUACAGCACAUGCCCCAGCAGGAACAUCUGUACAAAAUAUGAUUCAUUGGAAACAGGCAAUUGAAACUGGUGAACUUAAAGCUUAUGACUGGGGAAUCCAGUUCAACCGUUUGCACUAUAAUCAGGAUACUCCUCCCUUAUACAAUGUGAAGAACAUGCAAGUUCCAACUGCAAUGUGGAGUGCUGGAAAUGACUUGCUCGCUGACCCUAGGGAUGUUGCCCUUUUGCGCCAACAAGUCACUAAUCUGAUUUACCACAAGGCGAUUCCUGAUUGGAACCAUCUUGAUUUCAUCUGGGGCCUCGAUGCACCUAAGCGCAUGUAUAAUGAACUCCUCGACUUGAUGAGGAAAAACCCAUGAAAAUAAUGAUCCAUAAAAAUAAUGUGGCUGUAGGAUCAAGGAUUUGAUUAAUUUCUGUUUAUAUCUGUUUUUCUUGAUUUUUAGUGAACUACAAAACUAUUUGCACAUAAUGGUCUAUAUUCACUAUAUUUACUUUAAUAAGAUUUUCUUUAAUGAUAUUAGGUCAGCAGCACAUAUGUAUCCAAAAAAGUAAUUGAACUAGCAAAGUACAUUUUUAAAGCACCACACACAAGUCUUCUGCUUUCUAAAGUAUGUGUCGUAAAUUAAAUACAUCAUGGAUAGGAGGAUAGAACUGCUUCCAAGAUGAUUUUCUUAGCUCGUGUCUGGAUGACCUUUUCUAUAAGGUGAAUUGAAUGCAUAGGGCACAACUGAUACAUGUGGCUAGACUAGACACGCAAUCACAAUGCCCAAAUUCAGAAAAGCACCCAAGCUGUUUCUUACUUUGAAAUAUGUAAUUCCUUUGAUGUCACUGGAACUACACUGAUUUUAAUGCAGUUGAGGAUCUGGCCCAGACUUUAUUUUAUGGUCCCAGUCACCCACCUAGGGUCAGGAUCAAUACUCCUGUCACAUCACCAAAAGUCAUUCUGCACUAAUCCCAGUGAUUAUCAAUACAGACCAUGAAGAGGUCCAAUAGGCAUGUCUUUUUAUUGUCCCCUUGAAGAAGAAGGUAGUGGAAAAAGACUAUUAUAAGGAGAUUGUUCUAUAUAUGUAUGAGCCAGGGCCGGCUCCAGUUUUUUUGCCGCCCCAAGCAAAAAAAAUAAAUAAAGAGUGCCACCCCUUGAAAAGAGCCACUCCCAAAGGGCCCCUUGAGAAGUUCCACCCCAAGCACAUGCUUGGAAUGCUGGUGCCUAGAGCUGGCCCUGGUAUGAGCGGAUGUAUGCCAUUAACUAAAAAUAAAUCUCUAUAAUUGUAUUCUAUCUCUAUUUACAUA